CUCUCCCAUUUGCUCUCUCUCUCUCUCUCUCUCUCUCUCUCUCUCCCCUUGUCUUCCCCUCCCUUUUCCUCUUCGUUUCUCUGUACUUUCACUGUUUCACCAAUAGAUCAAUUCAAACCCCCCCCCCCCCCCCCUCCCACCAAACAAUCACACUCAAUCCCCUCACAAUCUCUCUCUAUAAACUCCGCCCUUGACCUCCUCUCUCUCUCUCUAUCCAUAACAUAUCAGCUCAUACACCUCUCUCUCUCUCUCUCUCUCUCUCUCUCUAUAUAUAUAUAUAUAUAUAUCUACAUAUAAGCAUCUGUAUCAUUGUUGGUUGUGAAAAAUGAGCAGCAGUGGGGCGGGGAGGGUUUCAAUCCCGGGAAGUUUACAGAAGACGAUCCAGAACAUCAAGGAGAUCACGGGCAACCACAGUGAAGAGGAGAUAUACGCAAUGCUCAAGGAAUGUUCCAUGGAUCCCAACGAGACCGCCGCCAAGCUCCUCCUUCAGGGUACAUUUCAUGAAGUCAAAAGGAAACGGGGCAGGAGAAAAGAGACUUUGAGCAACAAAGAGUCUGCAGAAUUGAGGCGGAAACCUGGUAUGCAGGGGCGAGGGAGUAGGGGUGGACGGGGGAGCUAUUCACCUCGUUACAUAUCUAACGAUGGUAGUGGUGGCAGAAAACAUCCUUCUGAAAAGGAAAAUGGAGUCAAUCAAGUUCCAGACAAGGGUGUUGGGCUCUCGUCCUUGCCCACCUCUCAGGAGUCAAAAAAUAAAGAAGUCCUUCCUUCCACGAGCCCUCGAUCGGUCAUAACCAAUGGCCCCCUUGAGGUGGCUCCUGGGAGUACGGGUGUUGUACGUGCUCAUUUGUCUCCAGUAAGUUUGGACAACCAGUCUGGAGAGGGCUCAUCGACUGAUAUGAGUAAGUUGAACGGUCCACCACCACCUCCACAUCCGGUCAGCACGAUGGAAAAACCUCCCAUUGAUUUUGUGACAGGAGAUGCUCAUGGGCAUCUCACAUCAAGCUCUAGCAGCAACUCAAUUGCUGGGACCCAGGCAACUUUGCCUGGAGUCUAUUUCUCAGCUUCAGAUCCUGUCCUGGUGCCAUCUCAUGAUUCUCGGCUUCCCGGAGCUGUAGGUGCAAUUAAGCGUGAGGUGGGAAGUCAGCGAAUUCCAGUCGAACAAAUUUCCUCUGACCCUUCUGAGGGAAAAUCAAUUCCUGCAGUUUCUGAUGUACGAAGCUCCACCAUUCAAGGAACAAGUACGAGCAAAUCCCCGGGGGUAGGAAAGUAUCAACAUUCAGAUUCAACACAACCUGCGUCUUCUACUCAUGGCUCUUCUGUUCUUAGGCCUUUGCCCAAUUAUAAUAGACGGUCACCGCAAGUAAUUGGUCCUCAAAAAGGUCCCAGUAAGGAAUGGAAACCAAAGCCAGCGAACCCAAAUCUCACUCAAGGAUCUGGAAUAGAUGGUUCAACUGAGGUUCCUACCACAGCAGAAGCUACUAUCCAGUCCAAUCCUGUUCCGAGUGUCCUUGAUUCAGAAGAAGCCACAUCAAAACUACAGAGGAAGCUAGAGGAGUUACAUGUUUCAGAUGGUCAACAUGUUAUCAUCCCAAAUCAUCUCCAUGUCCCUGAAGCUGGAAAAUUUGGUUUUUGCUUUGGAAGUUUUGAUGCUAGUUUUGGAUUAAGCACAGACUAUGAUGAUGGUCCUGAGAAUGACAUGAACCCGACAACUCUUUCUGAAACUUCUGAGAGUGUUGAGGAGACGGCAGAGCAGUCCUCAAGCAAUCAAAAUGCAUUGGGCACUACUGAAGAAGGAGAUAUUCCUGAUCAUCCCCAGUCACCUAUACAUGCACCGCAAAAUGCAUUGGCUGUUGAGAGCAAUGUUUCAUCCAGCACGGUGCCAGAGUAUAGCGAAUCUAAGCACGAUACUUCCCUACAGCCCGGAAGCCAUAAUUAUUCGAUGAUUCAUACUUCUCCUAGCUACAGUUUUGGUUACAUGCCACCAGUGGUUGGUAGCCAGCUUGCACCAUUUGAAAGCUCCGACUCUCAAGCACGUGACGUUUCCCGCCUUCCUAGCUUUGUUGUUCCACCUCCGUUUGACCCAGCCAGCUAUUAUGCACAGUUCUAUCGAUCUGGCACUGAUGGUGAUGGCCGUACUUCUCCCUUCCAUUCACCUGGAGUUUCAGCGAAACACAAUGGAAAUGUUGCAGUGUUGUCUCAACAGACUACUCAAUCUGUACAAGAGGGUGGAAACUCUUUGGUUAUGACAACGGCAGGUCCAACUCUUGUGACUCAGGCCGCUGGGGUCAUGCAGAGCUCGAUAGCUGUACCUCAGCAAUCUCUCCCUCUCUAUCGACAACCAACUGGGAUGCCUAUACCCCACUAUCCUCCAAACUACUUUCCAUAUGGUCAUUAUUUCUCUCCUUAUUAUGUUCCCCCUCCAUCCAUCCAUCAAUUUUUUAGCAAUGGUGCAUUCCCUCAGCAACCCCAGGCUGGCAGUGUAUAUCCAGCUCCACAAGGAGCAACUGGUAAAUAUUCACUUCCGCAGUACAAGGUGGGAAAUAAUACGGGAAACACUACACAUGUUGGAGUUGCCAGUGGCUAUGGAUCAUAUGGCUCCAUCCCAGGUGGUUAUAACCCCAGUUCCGCUUCAACAGCUGGAAACUCACCUUCCAAUGACGAUCUCAGUGCACCCCAAUUCAAGGAAAACAAUGUUUACAUUACAGGGCAGCAGAGCGAAGGUCCAGCAGCAUGGAUUCAAGCACCAGGGCGAGACAUUUCCAGCUUACAGGCUAGCUCAUUCUACAACAUUCCUCAGGGUCAGGUGACUUAUGCCCCAACACAAACUGGUCAUGGCGCCUUUGCUGGAAUCUACCACCCAGCGCAGGCAGUUUCAGCAGCAACCGUUCAUCACCCUCUUCUACAGCAGUCUCAGACCAUUGCUUCAGCUGCUGAUAUUAUGGGACCUACAACUAGUGUCUAUCAGCAGCCGCAGCAUGCACAAGUCAACUGGCCAAAUAACUACUGAAGAAACCAUUUUUCUUCCCGCAAACAUGAGAUUUUUUGGGGAUUCCAUUGAGUUGAGAUGGAGCACAUAGCCGAAAGGGUACAAGAUUGGCCAUAACUGAGUGUAAAUCCCUAGACGUAUGGGUGAAGAAAUUUGGUUGUCAGUAGCUUCUGAUUGCUUUGGCGGAGCUUUUAAAAGGUGAAAUCCUACUGUAACUGGUAUCGACAAUUUUAAGUUCGUUGAGGGAGACAUUGACAAGCCUUCCAAUAAUUCCUGACUUGAUUGAGCGUCGAUAAACCUUUUUCUUUCUUUUUUACCGAGUCUCGUUUGCCUUCAGGUUAUUAUUUGAAGUUUUUUUUUUUGUAGGACUCUGGCAGUAAGGUUAGGUUUUUAGAGGAAUUUUCGGUUCCUGUUUUGUCUUGGUUUGCCCGUCUUACCUGUAAAGUGAAUUUUGAUAGCAAGGAUGUACUAAAAAUGUUGUACUGAUUGGUUUUGGUAUAGGCAAAAUAACUGAUCAAUUGUUGCA